UUUUCUCUGUCUCUCUCUCUCUCUCUCUCCUCUAAACCCUGUCUCUGUCUGCACGAAAAACAGAGCCCCGGCACAGUGAUCUUGCACCUGUUUGUGUCCGCAAACCGGUUCACUGAGAACAAAGGGAACUCAUCAUCUUGUUAUGAACAGUUUGAGUAUGAAUGUGGUGAGAGUAAGAGGGCAGUUUCAUUUCGAUUUGCGUCUGGAGAAUUCUUAGAGGCCUAUCAUUAAAGAGGUGGGUUAAGAAAUGGGAUGUUCUUCAUCCAAGGUGGAUGAUGAAGAGUCAGUCAAGCUUUGUAAAGAUAGGAAGAAGUUCAUUAAAGAAGCAGUUGAGUACAGAUUGAGGUUUGCUUCUGGUCACAUUGCUUAUAUCCAGUCUAUGAAAAGAGUUUCGGCUGCUCUGCGAGAUUAUGUUGAGGUGGAUGAGCCUCGGGAGUUCUUGUUAGAUGCAUUCACUACCAAUCAGCCAUUUGCACCAGCUAAGAAAGUGAAAUCUGGUGGCUUCAUCUCGAUUGAGCCAAAAUCCUUCACAAUUACACCUUUGCCGCCCGAGAACAAUUCCACUUUGAGAGUGAACUAUCUUAGAUCGGGUGGAAAUGCUUCUGUUUCGGUUGAGGAGAGACCUCAGUUGCCUGAAACAUUCAGGAUUGAAACCUAUUCCCCAGUGCAUCAGUAUGGGAUGGAUGGCUUUUUCCCUAUGCAAUCCCCACCCGUGAGUUCUUCAAUUUUUAAUUACUCACCCAACAAUAGGCCUAAUUUCCCCCCUUCACCACAAAACACCCAGUGGGAUUUCUUCUGGAACCCCUUUGCUUCACUGGAUUACUAUGGUUAUCCCACAACGAGCAAUCUUGAUCAUGAGAUUUUGGAUGAUGAUGAUAAUGAUGGGCUAAGGCAAGUUAGAGAAAAGGAAGGGAUUCCUGAUCUUGAGGAAGAAUCUGAACAAGAAGAAACUAACUACAGGGGAAUUGCAAAAGAAGAGAGAGCUAGAAUCCACCAGAAAUUCAUUAAUGAAGUUGUGGUGGAAGAUGUUGAUGAUGAUGAUGAUGACGACGACGACGACGACGAUGAUGAUAGUGAUGAUAAUGAUGAAAUAGACGAACACAUUGAUACAGAUCAUCAUGUUCAAGGAUUAAACUCAAAUUCCAAUCAUCAUGCUCAAGGAUUAAAAUCAAAUGCCAAUCAUCAUGCUCAAGGGUUAAACUCAAAUGCCAAUCAUCAUGCUCAAGGGUUAAACUCAAAUGCCAAUCAUCAUGUUCAAGGGUUAAACUCAAAUGCGAAUCAUCAUUUUCAAGGAUUAAACUCAAAUGCCAAUCGUCAUGCUCAAGGAUUAAAAUCAAACGCCAAUCAUCAUGUUCAAGAAUUAAAACCCAAUGGCGGCAAUCAUAGUACAGCAGUGGCUAAGGCACAAAAUAGGGGCCAGCUUAGUAGUAAAGGGACUGCAGUUGUGGAUUGUGAAGCAAAGGAAGAAGCACCUGGAUUUACCGUUUAUGUCAAUAGAAGGCCAACAAGCAUGGCAGAAGUUAUUAAGGACCUUGAAACGCAGUUUACGAUUGCCUGCAAUUCAGCUACAGAGGUGUCAUCUAUAUUAGAGUCAAUCAGGGCUCAGUAUUCAUCAACAUCAAAUGACCUUAAGCACAUGAAAAUGUUGAACCCAGUAUCUCUGUUUCGUUCGGGAUCUUCAAGAUCAUCAUCAUCUAGAUUCUUGAUCAAUCCCUCAACUUUAAAAGAUGAAAGUUAUCAAAGCAACAGUGAUACGUCUGAUGACUCCUCCAUGCUUUCGAGCAGUCAUCAGUCUACCCUGGACAGAUUAUUUGUAUGGGAAAAGAAACUUUACCAGGAAGUUAGGGCUGGUGAACGUGUUCGGCUAGCAUAUGAGAAGAAAUGUGCGCAACUGAGAAAUCAAGAUGUGAGCGGGGCAGACCCUUCUUCUCUUGAAAAAACGAGAGCAGCCAUUAGGGAUUUGCAUACUCAGAUAAAAGUCUCAAUACACUCGGUUGAAUCUAUCUCAAAAAGGAUUGAAUCUUUAAGGGACGAUGAACUGCAGCCUCAGCUUUUACAAUUGGUGGAAGGGCUAGGUAAAAUGUGGAAGGUGAUGGCAGAGUGCCACCAUAUACAGAAGCGUACACUGGAUGACGCGAAGCUCUUACUUGCUGGCAUGCCGUCAAAGCAUGCUGGGAUUAAGAAAUACACGAUAAUGUCACCUUCUGAGCCACACCAGCUAGCCCGUUCAGCAGCCAACCUUGAGAUGGAGCUCAGAAAUUGGAGAGCUUGUUUCGAGUCAUGGAUCACUUCUCAGCGAUCCUACUUGCACGCAUUAACAGGAUGGCUCUUGCGUUGUCUCCACGAGGACGCUGACACGUCAAAAACGCCAUGCUCUCCCAGCAGGGCUGAGGGAGCACCGCCAAUAUUCAACAUAUGCAUCCAGUGGUCUAAGCUGUUGGAUUCGGUGAGGGAGCUCCCCGUGCUCGAUGGACUAGACUUUUUCGCUGCAGGCGUUGGUUCCCUAUAUGCACACCAGCUGAAAGAAGACUCACGGGGGUGGAACCCAGGCGGGUCAAAGAGGUUUAGCGGGGAACCCUCGAGUAACAACAUGGAGCUGGUAGAAGUUGGGAAAGUCGACGAGGAAGUAAUGACAGCAGAAAAGAUGGCUGAGGUGGCAAUUAGAGUGCUGUGUGCUGGGAUGUCAGUCUCUGUGAGCUCACUCACAGAAUUCUCAAUUGUUUCAGCUGAAGGAUAUGCUGAUCUGCUCAAGAACUGGGAGGAGAAAAGGCUGUUGCAGAACUCCAAUAGAAAUGGAAAUGGAAUGUAGUUAGUUUAUGCUACAACAACUAUAAUAGGGUAGUUAGGAUGGAAAUUAAACCCAGUGUAAAUUACUUGUGUUUGAUCUGAUUUAGUGUCUAUUCAUACAGAGAAUUGAAAUGGAUUAUUCUUAAUGCCUCAAUCAAGUUUUGUCUCUCCUAUAAAGUCUGGAUAUAGAAAGUAAAUUUCUUGCCUC